GUGAUAUUUACCAUUUGGCCAAUAGCCAUGUAUAAUUUUUUCAAAAAAAUUAUUUUUGAUAUACUUAAGUGGGCCGUUGGACAAUCUGUUUUAUAUAAAAUCACGGGUGCUGUGUUGAAUAUGGAUGAUCAAAACCAGGAACACAAAUCAGAUGGUUCCGAUUUCUCUGAUGAGGCAGAUACUUUAAAUUAUGUGCUGUACCGAGAUAGACCGGAAUGGAAGGACGUACAACCGAUCGCUCAAGACGAUGGUCCAGCUCAAGUGGUUCAGAUAGCAUACUCAAAUAAAUUUUCGGAUGUAUUUGACUAUUUCAGAGCUGUUCUUAAAUCAGGAGAGAAGUCUGUUAGGGUUUUGGGCUUGGUCACAGAUGCCUUAACUUUAAACCCAGCUAACUAUACUGUAUGGAUAUACCGAUUAGAAAUUGUAAAACACUUGAAAAUAGAUUUACACAAUGAAUUAGAAUACAUAUCAAAUGUGAUCCGCGAGUUCACUAAAAAUUACCAAGUAUGGCAAUAUCGUAAGACUAUUGUAGAAAUGUUGAACGACCCAUCAGGCGAACUAGAAUUUACAGCUGAUAUUUUAGAUAUGGACUCCAAAAAUUACCAUGCUUGGCAGUACAGACAAUGGGUUCUCACUGCAUUCAGUAAGUUAAUGGAAAAUGAGCUGAAUUUUGUAGAUAAUUUAAUAUCACAAGAUAUGCGAAACAAUUCUGCAUGGAAUCAGCGUUAUUUUGUUGUAAAUAAUUCAGAUCCUAAUAAUGAUGUAAUUAAUAAAGAACUUGAGUAUACAUUUGGCAAAAUACAAAUUUUAUCCAAAAAUGAAAGCGCAUGGAACUAUUUAAGGGGAUUAUUAUUAUAUUCUGAAAAUGGAGCCUUGGAAGAUAAAGUUCGUGAUUUUUGUUCAAAAUUAUAUAAUAAGGGAAAUAGAUCAACACAUCUCAUGUCUUGUUUGAUUGAUUUGACUGAUGCAGAUGAAUCUGCUAAUCCAGAAAAUGUUGAAAAAAUUAAAUUUGCGUUAAAAUUAUGUUCUGAUUUGGCAUCUGUUUAUGAUCCUAUACGUCGUUUUUAUUGGGAAUAUAUAUCUAAAGAUAUUGAACUUAAAUUCAAUUUCAGAGAACAUGACAAUAAAAUGACGUAAAAUAAAUUGAAUGAUAGAAUCAAAGAGAAUUUACAUAUUUUUUAUCAUACUGUAUCAUUUAAUGAUUAUGUUUUUGUAAGGUGAAAUUUAAAAUAAAAUUCAUUAAACUGUAA